AUGAAUAUUCUGAAAGAAAAACAAAUAUCAGAGCCUUCGUUCCUAAGUGUCUGUGGGUUAUGUGGUUGCUUAGCUUUAGUUGUGCCCUCUUUGUUGUGUUUAGAUGAGUUCCAGUCUAAUCCAGUUCCUAAUGGUUCUUUCUGUGUGUCCAGUGAUAUGGCACCCCCUCGUGUAGCUCCUCCUCAACCUUCCCAGGGUGAAGGGCAAGACCUUGCUAGGGCGAUCGAGGCUAUGGCUGCAGCCUUGACGCAACAGAGCAAUGCUAUGAUGCAACAGCAUGAGGCGGCGAUGCAGCGCCAGGAAGCCUCUCUAGAGCAGCAGCACUUCAUGAUGCAGCAGAUGGAGGCUGCUAGGCAGGCUGCUGAGGAUGCGCAGAGGCAGCAUGUGGAUGCUCUCCGUCAGUUAGGGGAGAAUGCUGCUGGUGCGCCGAUGCUUGCUUUCACUGUCUACAUGCUCACCGGAGAGGCUGAGCAUUGGUGGGCCAGCAUGAAGCUGGUGAUGGAAGAGAAACAUGAGGACAUCACAUGGAGAGCCUUCAAGAGGAGGUUCCUUUCAGAGUACUUUCCGGACAGCGUGAGGUACGCUAAGGAGGUAGAGUUCCUCCAGCUGACACAGGGGAGCAAGUCAGUGGCCGAGUAUGCCGAGCAGUUCAAGCAUCUGGGACGUUUCUACACCAUGCCGCUUGAUGAGGAGUGGCGCUGCAGGAAGUUUGAGAAUGGUCUCAGAGGAGACAUUCGGCUGAUGGUAGCUCCACUGUCCAUCAAGGACUUUGCGGCCUUAGUGGAAAAGGCCAGGGUCAUGGAGCGAAUGAAGGUAGAGGUGGAAGCUCAGCAGCAGCAGCCACAACAGAGAGUUAGUGGACCAUCUGGGUCCAGGCCGAGGAUUGAAGAGAAGAGGAAGCCGUAUGCAAGACCUCAUCCACAGCUGCAGGGAUCUGGAGGUUUCUCUUUUCCGCCCGGCAGGAUACAGUGUUACCAUUGCGGAGGACCGCAUGCGAAGAAUUUCUGUCCACAACUUCCAGGUUUUCGCAGAUGCAACCUAUGUGGCAGGGUAGGCCACUUCGGCAGGGAUUGUCCUUCUAGGAGAGGGGCAGUAGCACGACCCCCACCACAGACUUCGAGUCAGAGUUCAGGCCAGACUCAACAGAGAGGAGGAGGCAGCAGGCCUCAGGCUACAGGCAGGGUCUUUGCGAUGACUGGGUCAGAGGCGGCAGGUUCAGUUGAGGUAGAGGGGCGCGUAUACAAAGUCAAUCUUAUAUGCCUCCCUCUGCAAGGGUUAGAUGUGAUCUUGGGAAUGGAUUGGCUCUCUGCCAAUCACGUUCUCAUAGACUGUCGGGAGAAGAAGCUGUUGUUCUCAAACUCAGAGGAGCCUGAGUUGUUGUCUUCUCAUGGGGUUAUGAAGGAAAUCCGGGACGGUGCCCAUUGCUUCAUGGUCUUCGCCAGAAUAGAAGUUGAGAAAGAGGAAAGGAUAUCAGUGAUACCGGUGGUCAGAGAGUUUGAGGAUGUGUUCCCUGAAGAGGUACCAGGUUUACCCCCUAGGAGAGAAGUUGAGUUCUCCAUAGACUUGGUACCAGGAGCCGGUCCUGUGACGAUAGCUCCUUACCGCAUGGCGCCAGCUGAGCUGGUGGAGUUAAAGAAGCAGAUAGAGGAAUUGCUUGAGAAACAGUUUAUACGGCCGAGUGCGUCGCCGUGGGGAGCGCCUGUCUUGUUGCUUCAUGGGGCGUCAGUAUUCUCCAAGAUUGAUCUUCGGUCGGGUUAUCAUCAGAUUUUGGUGAAGACAGAAGAUGUUGAGAAGACUGCCUUCAGAUCCAGAUACGGGCAUUAUGAGUAUGUUGUCAUGCCAUUCGGUGUGACUAAUGCCCCGGCCUUGUUCAUGGACUACAUGAACCGGAUCUUCCGUCCGUUUUUAGAUAAGUUUGUCGUAGUCUUCAUAGACGACAUUCUCAUCUACUCCAGAACGCAUGAGGAACAUGCCGAGCAUCUGAGGAUAGUGCUUAGCAUCUUGAGGGAGAAGCAACUGUUUGCCAAGCUGUCAAAGUGCGACUUCUGGAUGAGAGAGGUGCAGUUCUUGGGGCACGUUAUAUCAGCUCAGGGUAUAGCUGUGGAUCCAGCCAAAGUAGAGGCCGUGAUACAGUGGGAAUGUCCCAAGACGGUGACUGAGAUUCGGAGUUUCGUGGGUUUAGCUGGCUACUACAGGAGAUUUAUAGAGGGGUUCUCCAAGAUAGUGGCACCCUUGACACAGCUAACCAGGAAAGAUCAACCGUUUGUAUGGACUGAUAGUGUGAGGAGAGCUUCAGGAGCUUAA